AUGGAUCUAUCGUCUGAUGAAUCAGAAGACUGGUUUAUAGACUCGUUGCACAUGUACAAAGACCUGCAUGUAUUUCAACUGGAGCAUCCAACAAAAGUGAUCGAGUGGACGGAUGAAAAAAGUAUUUGUGUAGCAGGCUACUCUUCUGCAAAAAGUGAAAUUCUUGAGCUGCUUUUGCCUCUUAAGUUAUAUGUAAAAGGGAACCAGGGUUUGUGUCCGGAGCGAGACUUUAAGGUGCUGCAUGGUGGAUUCAGUGACGAGCAGGUCAAGUGUCUGAGACAUGUAGGAAACCGAUGCCUAGUGACCAGUGGGCAGCACAGUUCCAACCUUCAGGUGUGGAACAUUGGAGGUGAUCAGAGCGAUGUUAUAAAGAAGACUGGAGUUAUAAACUGUACCGCCACAUCAGCCACGUGCAGAAAACUGGCUGCCAGAGUGACCGGGGAUGCUUCCGUUCUGCACGGCUCUCUGGUCAGUGAUGUUCAGCAGACUGAGAUCUCCUCGGGAAAAGUGCAGUACGCAGUAGGAACAGACUCGAUGGAUACAGUGAGCGGCCUGCAGUUUGUAAAUGCCAACACGUUUCUUAUUUGUGCGAGUAACGGCACGUUGUACACGGGAGACACAAGAGACCCGACAAUAAAGCAUUACUGUCUGCAAGAGAGCGCUGACGGGUCAGACUGGGUGUUUGGACUGAACACGGACGGCACCUCGUCUGAUCCUGCUUCCUGUUCGGCAGCAAGACUUUCCUCCACUGGACAGGUCAUUGUGUCUGAUCUGAGAAACCCGAGUGCGCCAGUUAAACAGGCUCAGCUUAAUCUGAAUGUUACCGGGAGUGACUUCCUGACCGUGACGUGGGCGCCAGCUCUGGACAGUCAUCUAGCAGUUUCAGGAUUUGACGGACACAUGCGAGUCUUUGACACAGUGAGCUGGACUGCUGACCCGGAGCAGCACCCCGAGCCCACUUUCAUACAUCGUGGUCAUGAGAUGUCACGAGAAGAGAAGAUAAAUGCCGCCACCCCUCUCGUGGUUACUACUCACGUCUGGCACCCACAGAGGCAGAGAACUCUGCUGUCGGCAGCUUCGGAUGGAUCAGUGCACGUGUGGGACUGGGUAGAUAAACAAGACGAGAAUGUAGAAUAAUGAAAAAUAAAAAAACCUUCAUGCCUU